AACAUACUCCGUACUCCGUACGAGUAUCUGUCUCCAACGCUGGCAAUUGCAUUUGACGUCUGUCUCGUACCCGUCCACCCAUCAAGACCCUGGCUUGGUGCUGUGCUGUGCAACAGUGUCCAGUCUCAGCCGUAAUCCCUUCCAGACUCAAUUCCAACCUCACAUUCCAGCACCAAAACUGUCCUCAUCAUCUCAGAGCACCUUGACCCAGCCCUGAUGUCUCGAAGGGCGCCUGCCGACCGGGCGGCCCAGAACGCCCAAACCCUCAAGGCCCUUGUCAAGCUCGAAGGUAACAAGGUCUGCGCGGAUUGCAAGAGAAACAAACAUCCACGAUGGGCAAGUUGGAAUCUGGGUGUCUUUAUCUGCAUUCGAUGUUCCGGCAUACAUCGAGGCAUGGGCACUCAUGUUAGUCGAGUCAAGUCGGUGGACCUGGAUGCCUGGACAGAUGAACAGCUACAGAGCAUCCUGAAAUGGGGCAAUUCAAGAGCAAACAAAUACUGGGAAGCCAAACUUGCAGCUGGACACGUGCCCUCCGAAGCGAAGAUCGAGAAUUUCAUCCGUACCAAGUAUGAGUCUAAGCGAUGGGUUAUGGAUGGUCCUAUGCCGGAUCCUUCCACAUUGGACGACGGUGAAGACAACAUGCCGCUGAAUAUUGUUCAAGAGAAGGCUAAAAUUGAGAGGUCUGCCUCGCAGCGAGCGGCUGCUACUCAGCCGCCGCCACCACAGCCGCGUGCAGCGCCGAAUGUCAACCUGUUCGGUGACUUCGCUCCUCCUCCUCCAGUCAGACCUAGUACAGCCGACUUUGCAGACUCGAGGCCGACACGAACUGCCCCGCCUGCACCAACUCCAGCACAGGCCGCGAAACCCGCAAGCAAACCACAAGACUCACUUCUAGGCUUGGAUUUCUUUGGGAACGCGCCUUCAGCGGGGAUUGGACGACCCUCUAGUGCAGCUGCAAAUCCAACAUCAUCAGCGACAAGCAGGGGGGACCUCAAAAGCUCUAUCUUGUCCCUGUAUGCCAGUGCCCCAAAACCACAACCUACUCAACCUCAGCAUGAGCGCCAGCCGUCCAUGUCAGGUGCGGCGUCACCACCUCUUGGGAAGCAGGAUGCCUUUGGUGGUUUGGCAGACGCCUUUGGUGGGUUGAACUUCUCCAGCACAAGCACAUCACCACCUCCCCAACCACAGCCAUCUUCCGCAUUCUCUGCAUUCGGCAGUCUCACCAACUCGGGGCCCAAAUCUACAUCUUCAGCUGGCGCCUCGCCGCCUCCAGCUUUGAGCGGCGGCAGCUUCUUCGAUUCUCUGCCCUCGAAAGCACCCGCCGCCAAACCGACUGUCACCUCACCUUCUGCGUCCAACGGCUUGGACUUUGCAUUCACACAAACAGCACCUGCACCCCAGCCUGCAGCCGCGCCCAAGCCAUCUACCUCAUCUAUUCCAACAGAUCUUUUCGAAGCUGACGACUUUGGUGGCUUUGCAAGCUCUAUGCCUGCGUCGCCUCCGAAGCGGGCUCCGACGAAUGUUGCCUCACCUCCUACCAGCACCGCCAACAUCAACUCCCCGUUCAAUUUGUCCUCUCCCACCACAUCUGCGCCUAUGCCUGCACCACAACAGGCCCCACAAGCUUUCAAAUCACCCGCAGUCCCGCAAAGCAACGCAGCGCUUUUUGAUCCUUGGGGCUCUAGCAAUGACAGCAGUCCUUGGGGAGCACCAGACCCGGCACCCGCCAAACCUGCGCAGCCCAAAGUGGAAUUAGGGAGACCACCAGCGCACAUCACGGCAAACGAUAUUCAUGGCGGAUGGGCAGAUCCUAUCUCAUCAAGUACUAAGCCUCCCCAGCAACCAACGGUGACGGCAGACGAGGACUUUGGAGGAUGGACCUCAGCAUCGACGACCCAGACACCCAUUAGUGGACCAGCAAAACCUAGUGGUGGUGGAUUUGGAGGAGCAUCGGAUCCAUUUGACAAUCCCUGGGGUUAGUGAGAUGACGCAUCUGAUCACGAUGUAUGAAGUGCGGGAGUGAGGAGAAAGAUUAUGCCAGUUCGGAUGAAGACAAAAUGAAUUGUUAUUGCAGCAUGAGCAUUUUUCCAUAGACCAGCAGAAAGACACAAUUGCAAGAAGCACACGAAGCGUAACACGAGGUGUGUCUAUAUAAGUCUGCGGACACUGCCC